GCGCAGUCACGUGGCUGGGCGCGCCCGCCCAUUGUGGCCAUGGCGGCCGCAGGCUCCAGUGUGGUGAGGCGAGUGGAGGAGCUCGGCGACCUGGCGCAGGCCCACAUACAACAACUUAGCGAAGCCGCCGGCGAAGAUGAUCACUUUUUAAUUCGGGCCUCUGCAGCUCUAGAAAAAUUGAAACUUCUGUGUGGAGAAGACAAAGAAUGUUCAAAUCCAUCAAAUCUUCUAGAACUUUACACACAGGCUAUUUUGGACAUGACAUAUUUUGAAGAGAACAAGCUAGUAGAUGAAGAUUUUCCUGAGGAUUCUUCAGAAAAAGUAAAAGAGUUGAUAAGUUUUCUUUCAGAACCAGAAAUUUUAGUAAAAGAAAACAAUAUGCAUCCAAAACACUGCGAUUUGCUUGGGGAUGAACUCCUGGAAUGUCUCUCUUGGAGACGAGGAGCCCUACUUUAUAUGUACUGUCAUUCUCUGACCAAAAGGAGAGAGUGGCUCACAAGAAAAUCUAGCUUGCUUAAAAAGUACCUUAUUGAUGGAAUCAGUUACUUGAUACAGAUGCUAAAUUUUCGGUGUCCCAUCCAGUUAAAUGAAGGCGUUUCUUUCCAAGACCUAGACACAGCUAAAUUACUGAGUGAAGGAAUAUUUAGUGAUAUUCAUUUGCUGGCUAUGAUGUACAGUGGAGAAAUGUGUUACUGGGGAUUGAAGCAUUGUGCAGAUCAACAGCCAGAAAAUCAUGAAGUGGAUACAGGUGUUUCUGGAGCAAGCUACGCUGCAUACAAAGAACCCUUGGAUUUCCGAGAAGUGGGAGAAAAAAUUUUGAAAAAGUAUGUAUCUGUGUGCGAAGGACCCCUGAAAGAACAAGAAUGGAAUACAACAAAUGCAAAACAAAUUUUAAACUUCUUCCAACAUCACACUAACUAGUAAGUUCACCUAGUCCUUUUCAAACAGGAAAACAAACCAAAAGACUCAUGAAAUGGAAGUUCCAAAAAAGACACCUUGAUACUGAAUUACACUACAUAAAGAAAACCAGCAUGGUUAUUACCCUUUUUUAAAAUGCAGUCACCAUCUUUCUUUCACUGUAUAUUCUAAUACCUAUGAAGGAAUGAUUCUUUAAUUUCUCAAGUGGCAUUUGUAUUACUCUAACUCAGUCUGAACCUCAAAUAUCCUGUAAGUAAUACUAAGGAGGAAUCAAAUUUAUCUUUAUAAAGAUUUUUUUUAUUGCUUUAGAUUAUUUUUUUAUUGUGGUACAAUAUGCAUACCUAAAAUAGACCAUUUUAACGAUCUUUAAUUAUUGUUAAUUUUUUUUUUUUUAAUUUUAUGGUCAUACCCUUGGUGUGUGGGGGUUCCUGGGC